AUGCCCGCUACCGCCCCGCGAGCUCCUUCCAAUGGCGCUCUCUCGGCCCUCCGACAAGCUGCGCUGUACGGCUCUCUGGGAGUCACCACCGGCGCAUCACUCCUCCUGUUCGAAGAACGACGCAGGCGGAUCUGCAUUUGCAAGCACAUCAUCGAGAGAGGCCAGAUUGUGUCAGCCUAUCGCAGGCAUCUUCAUAACGUGGCUAUCGCCAGCCUCCGCAACGAAGACCCUCCUGAGCUUCCUUUCGAAUCGCCGCGACCUCAUCCCCUCUCAGUCUCCGAAAUCGACAGAGCCUACGCGCGAGCCAUUGGGCAACGUCGACGAGCCCGAUUGAUACCAGAGAUCGAAGAUGAGUACAAUGGGGAGCAUGUGGCGGUGUUGGCUGGGGUCAAACCAGCGCCGGAUGCCUCUUCCGUCAUCGGGCCCUCUUCACUAGAGCCACCCAGCACAGGCAAAUCGAGUAAGGAUACGAGCAGCCGGCUACAUACCGGAUACGGGUAUGGAUACUCGAUUCCAGAGAAAGGCCACGGAAACGAUUCUCGGAAGGAAAAGGCUAUCAAUCGAAUAAACCGAGAAAUCCAAAUAGAGCUGAAUUAUGAAAACCAGCUAGCAAAAGAGUUAGGGAAUAAGCGGAGCAAAAGAAGUCGUCGUGAUCUUGAGAAGUUAGGGGGAUCAGCAUCGGUAUCACUCCCAGGAACGGGCAAAGAGAGCGAGCAGAGCCCCAAUGGCCAUGAUUUCGUACGGGAUGUCCUUACUAUCAGUGACAACCCUCCUAAGCCACGCCUGGCCGACAGUUUGCCUAGAAUACCCCAAGUCAUGGACCGACUCCUUUCUCUCGACAAACUACGGGCCAUAACGCAGUCAUUACCGAAAGGCUUCUCUAAGUUAGCGCCCGCUCAAAGACGCUCUAUAUCUACCAAAACUUCACCUACGUUGAAGAUCAUGCCUCAGUUGCGGAAAACUGUGUCUGAAUUACAUGCACGACAUCAGCGCCACCAAGGGCGGCGAGACUCUCAACAAGACCGGGUCCUUCAGAUACCACUUCUCCCAAGGGCGCAGAGAAUUGCUAAUGCUGAAAACCUCGGCUCAGCAUUAAUAGAAUUUUGCAUCUGGUAUAAGGCUGAGCGCCUGGAAUCAGGGAAGGGCGACGCGACAAAAGAUUUAUGGAGGCGUCUCAUUCCCAUUUCACUCGGCGAAGAAGCCGUCAAUCUGAAAACAGUUGCAAUUCAAGAUCUGAAGGACGAAGAGCUGGGGAGAGUUGUCGCCUUUUUUCUGGAGCAUUUCCCAGCCAACGCAACCCUUGAAAAUUCACUCAAAGCAUCAUUUGUGCCAGACCUAGCCAUUGUGCUUCUCGAACUCGCUGCAGAGAAACGCCUGCUUGAUCCCCUGAUUGCGUUGUCCCGUCGAUUACGACAGUGGGACUACGUAACCCCUGCAUUGCUUGAGCUUAUAUGCCAAGCUGCUUUGGGCCUCUUGCAGACAACUCGAGAAGACGAUGCCUUCCAACUACUUGUGGUGACCUUCGGAACGUUUAGCACGACGGCAAGAGCCUCAUUGAAAAACUAUUUCGGGCAGGUCUUGGAGGCGACUUCCAAAAAACGAGAGGACGACAGGCUGCUACAGGAGAUCAUUAAGCAUUUCUACCAGAAGGCCUUGGAUAUGACCUUGGAGGACCAGAUGGCUAAUACACUCUUGCAAAAAGUCAUACCCACUUUUAGGCCCCUCUGGUUACACCAGGUUCGGAAGCGGUGUGAUCACUUGUUGAGAACAGACCGUGUUACUGAGGCUGCUCGUCUCUACACUAUUAACAUGGCACCGGCAGCAAAUAGGAAGGGUAAGACGACUAUCUCGCAUUUGGCUUGGAAGCUUGCAUCGCGCGGCCUCGAAGACGGAUUAGUCGAUGUUCUUCACCAGAUGUACGAAUGGUUUCAACGAUUCCACAAGGAAAGCAUAGGAAUCCUGGGCAAAAUGUUAGUAGGAGCUUAUGCAAGCAACAAGAACUAUGGCCCGAUUAUCGACUUAUUUCAGAAGCACCACGACGAUCCCAACUUUUAUGAAUCUGGAGGAGCCACAAGCAUACGUCCAGCAGUUUGCUGGGCGCUAGCCUUACAUGCUCCGUAUUCAGUCGCGGUGGAAUCUAUUGGGAGCUUUCUUCCUGGACCUCUAGAUGAGAAUAGCUUACAGGAGUACUGUCUUCUAUCCCUACCAGAGCUACUCCGACGCUGUUGGAGAGAGACUCGAAACAUGGAAUCGGUGGAAUCACUAGCGCAGGAGAUAACCGCACAUGCAAGAUUUGCAAAUCUUCCCUUGAAGACGGUCUCGCGCGAAAUGAUCUCCAUACGGCGCUUAGCUUUGGAAGGCCAGCCAAACAUAUCGCCAGCGGAAUGGGCUGAACGGACCUCAGAUACUAUAGCAGAUAUGCUGGUAUAUCUUGCCGGCAAAGCUCAGUGGCAAAUUCUAGGAAAGGUUCUGGAAGACGCCCAUCAAGCGGAUCUGCUUCUUUCCAUCCAUAAGUUCUCUCAGACUGUCUUCAAUCCCGUCCUCAAGAUCUACAUGAGGGGCCAUGACUCUCAAGCAACGCAAAGUUUUGUUUCCCAAGCCAUCGAAAAGUAUCAAGUGAUCCCAACUCAAAGGACUUUGGACCUUGUGGUAGACGCGCUUACCAAGGAUUCACGGGUUGAUGCUAUCGGCGGCUGGGUUGGAUAUUUACGGUCCAAAGGCUUCCGACUCUCAGUCAACACGCGGACUGCUGUCACAGUUCUCCGACGCUUCUUCCUCACACACCGACCGCCCCACGGAACAUUACUUCGACUUGCACGCAAGCUGUGUUCGGCUGACCCCGUUCUUAAGCGUAAAUACGCACAAGGAUGGAACCAGCUGAGAGCUCGGCAUCGCGAAGGCUUGCUUUCGGACGGGAUUGCCCCCUUGCUGCAGGCUUCCAUGGCUUUCCACCUUAAGGCCAAACGCGGAGUCAGAGCUCAAGGCGGGCGCAAAGAGUUCGAUGCGGUGUAUGGACAAGGCGUCGUAAAACUACACGAUAUGGAAGACCAUAUCACGGAAGGUCCUACCCCGAGAGAUCAUAUCACUGAUGACAAUAUCAUAGAAAGAGCUGUCGUCGAAGAUACUCUCGAAAAAGAUGUCGAAGAAGAUACCCUCCAAAAAGAUGCCCUCAAAGAAGAUGUCCUCGAAAAAGAUGCCCUCAAAGAAGAUGUCUUCGAGGAACAUUCGGCACGAAUUCUCCCGAUGCGAACUUACCCUUCAGUCAGUCGUUAUACACGAAUUGAAAAUGCUCCUUUCUUGCUUCCAGUGGCUCCAGAUGCAACACAAACUUCGCCUCCACUCUCUCCACGUUGGGCGAAUUCUCAUCCAUGCGCGCCGCCAUUCGAGAAAGAUGCCCUCCAAAAAGAUGCCCUCCAAAAAGAUGCCCUCCAAAAAGAUGCCCUCCAAAAAGAUGCCCUCCAAAAAGAUGCCCUCCAAAACGAUGCCCUCCAAAAAGACGCCCUCAAAGAAGAUGUCUUCGAAGAAGAUCUUACACAGCUUGAGAAAUUAGCCAGAGUUUCACCGACUUUGGCGUAUGUCAGGAAGCUCCAGAGACAAAUAGCGGACGUAGAUCAGUCUGCCGAGAAGUCGUCGUCCACAUUAUACGGGAAUAGUCUUGAAGCGACCAUGACGUUUGCCUUAAAUCAAGGGAAGAACGAGGAGGUGGUGAAAGAGUAUAGUCAGCUCUUGGAUAAAGGGCUCCUAGGCAGUCAGGUCACUAUGGAAAUAGCAGUCGAAGCUGCCCUUCGAAGCAACAGCGGCGAUGCUUCGAAGGCUGCGCCCAUCAUCGAAAGGGCUCGAGAACUAGGAAUGGAUGUUCGAAGGGCGCAAGCACCCAUCCUCCACCACCACAUGAUCUCUUCGAGGAUGUCUCCUCAAGAGAUUCACGAUGCAGUCUUCGCUUCUUUCCGGAACCGGAGUGAAGGCAACCUGGCCCCAGCGCAUUACAUCGCUGUCGUAGGAGCCCACAAUCUCGUACAUCGGAGAAAACCUCGCGAAGCAGUGGUAUUACUCACUGAUGUGUAUCUAUCCUCGUGGGCGAGGGAAAUUCCAGUGGACAUCAGGUUCAUGACGAUGUUUCUCUAUGCCUAUGGUUGCAUUAACAAUCUCCGUGGCAUCCAAUGGGUAGUGCAAACCGUGCUAGAUGGCGAAUUGCGUAUUGACCGGCAUUUCAUCGUCAAUCUGAAGCAAGCCAGGAGAAAAUCGAGAAAAGCGCUUGCUUCGCAGCCUUUAUCGCACAAAAUGCACCAAGACCGCUUGAUCAGGCUGAACACGUUCUAUGCCCUUUGGAUUGCUCGCUGCGAGGUCAAACUCUCUCAGCAGGCGCAGCAAGUACAGCUGCUAGGAGAGCGGUUGGUGGAGAUGCUGACCGUUUUGAGGUCGCCCUUUGCACGCGGAAUUGCGCGGCGACUCGAAUGCAAACGUCGCGGAUCCAGCUUAUUGAGCGUAUUUCGCGCCCUUAAGCAAAUUCGGAUGGAAGUGAUCAACAGGCGCAAGCGCGCAGGACUUCUUAUAAGAAGGCAACGAUACUCAUUCAAGGGAUUGCAUUCCCUUAGACGGGAGCAAGCUGAGAACUUGUUGAAGAGAUUGCGUAUCGAGAACCAGAGACUUCAGUACUUGUUGCAGAGAUCGCGUGUCCCUAGCCUGAAACAAGUUCAGCAUUUGUCCAAGAGACAGCGUAUCCGUAGCCGGAAACAACCACAAGUCUCAUCCGAGAGAUUGCGGCUCUGUCGUCGAGAACAGAUUUAG